CAGAAUACAACAUUUCUACGGAAGCGGGGCGGGAGACAGGAAGGCAGUCAUGAGUGUGCAAGAGAUCGUUUUGAAGAUAAUUUUUCUAACAGUCGUAAUAAACGGACAGCAGCUAAGCUUCAAGAACUGUGUAGCUUACAAUGCUAUUAAUGAAUCAAAUUACAGUAGAGACCCAACCUCAUCAAAUCCUCUUGGUUACUUCUCUGGUGUCUUGCCUUACACGGAUGGGCAGACACAGAAGGUGACACCUUGUGUUGAGGUGAAAGGAAUCCCUUCUACUGCUUAUGUUGAAAUCAAGUGUGAAACAAACACAGGGGGAGCAAAAAUCUGCGUUGGAGAUGAAAACACACUUCGUGAAUGUGGCCAGGGCCGCUUGAGAUCAUGCUACUCUGCACCUUCUUCUAAUUUGAAGUUUGCAUUUUACUGCGACACAGCCUGUGAACAAGUGGAUGUCUCGUUCUGGUAUAGGUUUGUGCCCAGUGAGGCCAAUCCCUCGGAUCAAUGGUGCGAGAAUCGACCGAGUGACGACUACCCAUCCUCGCUGAUUACUGCCCCAACAAAUUUACCGACUGCCUCAACGAAAUCAAAUGUAAACGGUGGAAGUCUCGAAUCACAACCAGCUCUUGAAAUGAUGUAUUUAACUUGCGUUGCUGCGGUUCUGUUGCUCUUUUCAUUUUGGACGUGAAACACUCCGAUAUCAUGGAGUCUUGAGGGAGCUAAUACACAAUAUUAUUUCACGAAACCGAUUUCACGAAACCGAUUUCACGAUUCGCAUCUGUUUAUAUAUAUAUAUGUAUCUAAAAAAGCAAAAAUGGUUAACAAUGUUAUCGAUAUAGAACAGUUUGUGGGAGUGAAUUUGAAUUAAUUUAUAAACCACGCUAUACUAUCGAAUUGGUUUCCAUCCCUGAAUUCAAGAAAACAUCAGAGUGUCAAAACCACGUUUAAACAAUAACAUGUAGCGAUAUCAUUUUCGCCCUUGUUUAGCUAAUUUUGUUUUUGUUGAUUGCCAAGAAGAAUUUCGAAUCUUUCAACUUCCAGAAUACCACUUCCAGAAAUUUUUAACUAACAGAACAGCAAACAUAAAAUUUUAUUCGUAGGUGAACAAGCCACAAUGAAUUAUCAAAGCGACCUGUCUCCUCCAACUUAACCUUGUAAUAUACCCGAUAGCCAAAGUAGUUACCAUGAAUACAAGCUUCCUUUAGGAAUUGCGCUGAAUCUUCCUUCGUUUCAAAUCCCUCCUCAACGGUGGCAAGAAAUUUUAUCAUCGUUGGAUCAUUCCCAGAAUCAGAUUUUCUGGGAGUGAUCCCUCUCUUCCAUUGACUGACGUCACCAGGUCCUCUUUUUUGUCUCCCCUUCCCAUUUCCUCUUGCUUGAUUGUUUGUUUUUUACAUGAACGUGAAAUCUAUACCACUCUGAACUAUACUCCCAGAUUAUUUCGAUUAUUUCGAGUACUUGCUGCAGAAAACAAGUUUUUUUUGGUCAGGAAGGCACAUGUUUCACAAUUAUUGGUAAAACUGUUUAGAUAAUUCUCCCUCUGAUUAAAAGGCUGCUGGUCGGCAAUGUUGCACUCUUCUGCACAACUCUGGUAUGCGGUGCAAACACGCCCAAAUAAAGCAAUUAAUUUUUUGUUCUUUUCCUUCUUUGGCCCCCCCCUGCAAUUAAAAAAGUUUGUCUGCCUUGUAUCACCCCCUAAGCGAGUCUCUGCUGAAAUUUCGGUUAAAAUUGUCUCUUCUCACGUGAUAUUUCUUUUUCGUUUGCUUCGCGUUCACUCAUCCUCUAAAUAUCUCAAUUACCAGGUUGUUGUCCUAUCUUUAUGAUUUGUCGUAGCUGUGGCGAACAUCUAUGAUUAUAAUUUUGAUACCUUAUCGAAGCAAAUUUUAUACAGUAAUUGUUUGUCUAUUGCAUGAUAUAUUAGAAUUAAUAAGUUGAUAGUUAUUUCAUUUAAGCUCCGUAAUUUAUUAUUGCGUAAUUCGUAAGAUUUUUUUGGGUCAUUUUGAUAUCUACUGUUGUCUAUAACUAAACCCUGUAAUUUUUGUAAAUGGAAAAAUUUUAUGUGUUUGAUAAUCAACCUUUUUCGAGAUUUUAUAUUAUGAAUCAUGAUACUGCAGCUUAACAACGGCCUCUCAUCUUUAUACCCUUGAAAGUCGUAUUACUUACCUAUAAGGAUGCUUAUUUCGUUUAAGACAGGAUGGUAUUGCUUUAUCCAUACCACAUACUCGGCACACACCUCAGGUGCCUCGAGCAAUAGAGAAAUGUCAGCUCAAGGCAAAGGGGGAAAUUGUAAAUGGUUUAUUGUUAAUUUUCAUUAUCCUCUUUUAUGCUGUAACAUACGUUGGCAUAAAAGUUUCAGGGGACAGUGUAAUCUGUGUGUGCACAGGGACGAUUGGCACAUUUCUAACUGGCUCCGUCCAAGAACUUGGAACGCUCUGGAAAGCAUGGGAAUUUCAAGGAACGCUCGAGAAUGCUCUGGAACAGCCAGGUGUUGCGAUCGAUUUCCAAAAGUAGGGGUCAUCAAGGGGGUUAGAAAUCCGCCGUACCACGCAGUCUUACGUUGAAAUCCGCGGCUCUGGUGAUUUCAACUGUUAAAUUUUGUGCCCGGCAAGUGUGGAGAAUUUGCUAUUGUUCUGUCCAGAAAUUGCCAGAUUUCUUUAAUCCGCGACAGAUUUUUUUGGAAUAUCGUUGUCCCGCAAACCCUGAUGACCCCCCACCCAAAGUGAUGUAAAAAUUUAACUUUAUGCAAUCAUUCCAGGGUAAUCUGGGGUCAAGAACUAUUGAAACCCAUCAUCUGUACCCCUUAUCGAAGCUUUUCCCUGGUUGGGCCUCGUUACGUAACAUUGACAUCAUCGCCAUUUUCAUCAUCAUCAUCAUAUUCAUCAGAAUGCAUUAUCAAGAAUCAUAAUCAUAACUCGACUAAAAAAAUCGUCUUUGAAAUUUGAUGACUUAAAUCGAGAAACCCAACUGAGGAACUUCGAGACAAUGACAAUGAAAAUGUCUGGCAAACAAAUCUAAUACCAAUUGUUGGAACAUGUCUUUCCUCUUUUGAAGACCUGUUUACUUUUGAUUAAUCCAUUGGAUUACAAACGGUUAACGAAUUCGAUCGCCGACUGACUUUGUUUCUUGAACUUGUGUCAGCCUUGAAAGGCCGUAAAGCAACAAAUAGUUGUCAUUCAGUUCUGCUGCGGAAAUUGAUCGACAAGGAAUCUCAAGGAUUUAAUGAGCAAGCCAUAUCUUGUCAGAAGAUGUAACUUCCUUAAAUGGGCGAUUGCUUACAAGCGCAGCAGAGUGAUCAAUUUUAUUCAAUGUUUCAAACAGUCAACAAUGAAAACCAUCAAGAGGACAUGCCACUGAUG